UACAAUAACAAAGACAAUGGCUGAAUACGAUAGAUAAUUCAAAGAAUACACAAUAAUACUUGAAACUGAGAAAAUUAAAGGACUGAAAGCAACUGAUAUUUUGAAGACGGUCGUUGAAAUAGUUGGACAUGUAAAAUUACUUGCUUUAAGACCACGACAACAGGCGGAAUACGUGUUAACAUUUGCCGAUAAUGAGUCAAUGAAACUAGUAGAAGAUGGAAUUUUAAUCAGUGGAACGCAUUGUGAAACCAGACUGCUUGAAAAUAAUGACAUCGUCGUGUCAUUUCUGUAUCUGCCUGUUUAUUUAUCAGACAGCAUUAUAACAGAAAAACUCAGACUGUGGGGUGUCACACCCCUACAUCCAAUUAGAAGGAGAUAUUACCCAGGAACAGAUAUAACCGACGGGACAAGAUAUGUAAAGGUGCGAUUCCCAAAGGAAAUCGUGUCCUUGCCAUACAGCACUAAAUUCAUCACAGCAGAGGGUCCACAAUAUGUCAGAAUCAUACAUGAUCGGCAGGUGAAGACUUGAUACUGAGAUAUACUGAAGAUACUGAAGAUACUGAGUCGGAACAUCUGCAAAGCCGGGUGACGGACACAGGGAAAGGCAAUGACCGAGUGGCAGAGCAACAGGUCGGAGCAGCGAGAAAGACAGUAUCUACAGAAACGAAAGAUGACGACAUAGAAAAGGAAUCGGCAAUGGACGAGGAUACAGAUCUGGAAUUAAAAAUGGUAAAAGUAAGAGGAACACUGGAUAACAAUGGACGGACGACGAGUACAGAACGACGCGGAACUAAUUGGGGAAGAAAACUUGGAGACGGAUGUGCGGAAGACGACAGACUGGAGAGUAGAAGGAGAAAAAGAAUAACGACACUCAAUAUACAAAAAGUUAUAGAAAAACAGAGAGAAAGAAGGGAACUAAUGAAAGGACUAAAAAAGAAUCUAAGGACUGGCACGUUUGAUGGGCUAACGGAAGAAAUGUUGGAAUAAUGACUACUGCAUUGUUGCCAUUAAACACCUCCGUAAGGAUGGCUCGGACCUGUACAUCACCGUUCCUGGCGAGACCUGCAAGCUCCAUCUAGAGGUGGCUUUAAUGCCAGCAGCGGCGACACUCGGCACAUGUGGCAAGGCAUCCAGUCCAUCACCAACUACAGGCCAGCUCCACCUGCCUGUGACAGUGAUGCCUCCCUUCCAGAUGUGCUGAACAGCUUCUACGCUCGGUUCGAGGCACAAAAUGACGUGACAGCGAGGAAGACCAGCCCUUCUUCAGAGGACCAGGUGCUCUGUCUCACCACGGCUGAUGUGAGGAAAACUCUACACAGAGUUAACCCACGGAAAGCUGCUGGACCAGACAACAAUUCUGGCAGAGUGCUCAGGGAAUGUGCAGAACAGCUAGUAGACGUCUUCACGGACAUCUUCAACAUCUCCCCGAGCAGCGCCGUCGUCCCAACGUGCCUAAAGUCAACCACUAUCAUCCCCGUGCCGAAAAAGUCUCCAGUGUCCUGUCUCAAUGACUACCGUCCCGUUGCACUCACACCCAUCAACAUGAAGUGCUUCGAGAGGCUCGUCAUGAGACACAUUAAGAACCUGCUGCCCCCGUCACUUGACCCCAUGCAGUUUGCGUAUCGUCCAAAUCGAUCCACAGACGAUGCCAUCACCACAACCCUCCAUCUGGCCCUCACACACCUGGACAAUAAAUACACUUACCUACGAAUGCUGUUCAUUGACUUCAGUUCAGCAUUCAAUACGAUCAUUCCUCAGCACCUGAUCUAGAAGCUGAGUCUGCUGGGUAUCAACACCUCCCUCUGCAAUUGGAUCCUGGAUUUCCUGACUGGAAGACCUCGGUCAGUCCGGAUCGGGAACAGCAUCUCCAGCACCACCACACUGAGGGCUGUGUGCUCAGUCCACUGCUGUUCACUCUGCUGACUCACGACUGUGCAGCAAUGCACAGCUCUAAUCAUAUCAUCAAGUUCGCCGAUGACACGACCGUGGUGGGUCUCAUCAGCAAGAACGACGAGUCAGCAUAUAGAGAGGAGGUGCAACAUCUAACAGCCUGGUGUAAAGUCAAUAACCUGUCUCUGAACGUCGACAAGACUAAAGAGAUGGUUGUUGACUUCAGGAGAGCAAAGAGUGAACAUUCUCCACUGAACAUUGAUGGGUCCAUCGUGGAGAUCGUCAAGAGCACCAAAUUCCUUGGUGUCCACCUGGCAGAGGACCUCACCUGGUCACUCAACACCAGCUCCAUCACCAGGAAAGCCCAGCAGCGUCUCUAUUUCCUGCGAAGGCUGAGGAAGGCUCAUCUCCUACCUCCCAUCCUGACCACCUUCUACAGAGGGACCAUCGAGAGCAUCCUUAACAGCUGCAUCCGCAGACAUUUACUCCACUCGCUGCAUCCGCAAAGCUAACAGCAUUGUGGAUGAUCCCACACACCCCUCACAUGCACUCUUCACCCUUCUACCAUCUGGAAAGAGGUACCGAAGCAUUCGGACCCGCACAACCAAACUGUUGAACAGAUACUUCCCUGAGGCUUUCAGAUAUCUCAACAGAGAACUGAGCUGAGCUGGACACACACACACACACACAACCAAGAUCUGAUCUCAACAUAGAACUGAGCUGAGCUGGACACACACACACACACGUACAACCAAGAUCUGAUCUCAACAGAGAACUGAGCUGAGCUGGACACACACACACACACGUACAACCAAGAUCUGAUCUCAACAGAGAACUGAACUGUGCUGGACAUGUACUCGCACACACAUACAUAACGCACAUGCACAAAAGCUGAGAACUGUGUUCCAAGAGGAACUGAACUGUGCUGGACACACACACACACAUACUAAAUUGUCCUGUUUGCAUGCACAUUCACUUUACAUUUCACUUUAUAUUAAUCCUGUUUACAUGUCAAUUUCAUAUUUAUAUUCACUGUAUACACUGUUCUUUGCGCAAAGUGUCAGUUUUAUAUCUGCAUGUCUAUAUGUUGUUUGUCUGCACUGUCUUGUCUUGUCGUCCUGUGCACUUCUGUUGUAUGUCUAGUUUAUUUCUUGCACCUUAAGUAUAGUUUAGUUUUAUCUCUAUGUUUAGCUUUAUGUUUGUCCGCGUCACUGUACUUUGUCUGUGUUAUGUGUAGCACCUCUGGUCUAGGAGGAACGUUGUUUCAAUUCACUGUGUACU